GACAUACCCAUGGAAAGAAUUGCGCUUACAUCUCUAAAUUUCACAGAAUCUUCUUCACACACAACACAAUAGACCAAGCUCAAUUUUUUGUUACCAAAAAAAGCCAAAUCCAAUUCCUUAUUUGUUUGCGUUUCUUUCUGUAUGAAUCCCUCCCCAUCAAUCCCGCUUCCAAAAUCCUACCAACAAGAUAACUGUUAUUAGGGUUUGCAACAUAGCUGAAAUCACAAUUUGUUUCAAUUCUAUCUACUUUGUCGAAACUACCUGUUUUUUAAAUUUUCUUUCCGCCCACCUUCUCAAUUUGUUGCUUUGCUUCGGAAUAACUCGCCCCCUUUCUCUUUGUUUUGAUUUUAUUGCAAUGCAAAUCAGCUAAUUUGUUGAUCUGGUCUUUGUUUUUGCGCAGACCCUUUUGGUUAGAUAAAAUUUUUUGCCACUUCUUCUUCAUACAUAAGUUAGGGUUUUACUCUUGAAUUCAAUUUAAUUACGGAUUUUGCCGCUUCUAUCUAUAUAAAUUACGGCUGUUGGGUGGAGUUGAAAGUGGUGGCGGUUGUGGGAUGAAUAGUGUGUUCAGUGAGCAGAUACUUGCUGACAAGCUUUCAAAGCUCAAUAGCACUCAACAAUGCAUCGAAACUUUGUCGCAUUGGUGUAUAUUUCACCGUAGCAAAGCAGAGCUAGUGGUUGCAACAUGGGACAAACAAUUUCGCAGUUCAGAUAUGGCCCAGAAAGUACCUCUUUUAUACCUUGCAAAUGAUAUCCUACAAAACAGCAAGCGUAAAGGAAAUGAAUUCGUUACCGAGUUCUGGAAAGUUUUACCUUCAGCACUCAAGGAGGUAGAGAGUAAAGGUGAUGAUCGUGGAAAGAAUGUGGUGGCUAGAUUGGUUGGGAUUUGGGAAGAAAGAAGAGUUUUUGGCUCCCAAGCUAAAAGCCUUAGAGACGCAAUGCUUGGAGAAGAACUGCCUCCACCUUUGGAGCUCAGGAAGAAACGGUCUCGCUCUGUCAGAAUAGUUAAAAAGGACUCUCGUUCUAUAAAGACGAAACUGAGCAUUGGUGGUACAGCAGAGAAAAUUGUUUCAGCUUUUCACUUGGUGCUCAGCGAACACAACAAUGAAGACGAAGAAUUGAGUAAAUGCAAGUCUGCAGUUCAUCGUGUGAAAAAGAUGGAGAAAGAUGUUGAUGUGGCGUUAACAAAAGCAAAAGAUCCAUCACGUAAGACCUUAGCCAAAGAGUUGGAGGAGGAAGAGAGUAUAUUGAAACAAUGCAUUGAAAAGCUUAAAGAGGUUGAAAACAAUAGAGUUGCACUCGUUGCUCAGUUGAGGGAUGCGCUUCACGAGCAGGAAUCUGAACUGGAGAAUGUUCGGACACAGAUACAGGUUGCACAGGCACAAGUAGAAGAAGCCACAAGCAUGCGAAAACAAUUGCAUGAAGGCCGUGUAUUUGAGUUGAAACCAUCAACAGACGACAAUGCAAACUCGGAGCAAACAUCAAAAAAAUCUGCUGCUGCUAUUGCAGCUGAAGUUGCAGAUAGGCUUGCAGCCUCAACAUCCUCCCAAUAUAUUAUGACAUCAGUUCUCUCCACAUUUGCUGCCGAAGCAGCUAAAGGUGCUGGGCUGACGUCGUCAUCAACCACAACGACUUCUUUCUCAUCAUCACAGAGCAAUUCCAUGUCAAAAUCAGGAAAACCUGUCUGUUUCAGAUCCUAAAGCUUACAUGACCGCACAGAUAAACCCUUCACAAAAUCCCUUAUCAAGGCCGUCAUGGCUCAGCCCUCGAUGCAAGUUUCCAACUCACAAGCUCUGUAUCAUUCGGUACCUAACCAGCCUCCUAUACAGUAUAUGCAGCCUGGGUCGUAUGAUUAUGGCGGUCUUAGUCCUAUGCAGCCUGGGCCUCCUCCACCAGCCCCUCCAUCGUACAUGGUGCAAAUGCUGCCAAUGGGGCAUCAGCCAUCAACGCUACCUCAGCAGCAACCUAUGCCGAUAUCUCAACAGCAACCGCCUCCGCCUGCAAGUUUUCGCCCUCUUGCUCCUCCUAUUCAGGCACCCGGAGUGGUAUAUUUUUCACACCCUUACCGAUUGCAGUGAUGGGGCUGACAUUUUUAGUCAACAGGCUUCCUGUAAACUUGAAAUUUUGUUGUGUGAUUGAGUAGACAUCAAUAGCAGCAUAUUAUUUUGCUUGGGACAAGAAUACUUUUUAGAGAGCUGACCCAUAGUCUAGUGCUAUUUAGGCAUUGUGUCGUGGACGAAGCGGGAAGAUUGCUCGAAAUGAAAGGUGUUUAAAACAUCCCCACAAA